ACAAUUACAGCUGCUGAUAUAACAUUGUAGUGUAAUUUGUUUUUGUUUCGGAACUUGAAAAAUGAGUUCAGAUAUUGACCCUGAUUAUUCCACUCGCCGUAACUUACGGCAAAGACAAACAAAGACAUCCAAUGAUGACAAUGUGGCUAUUGAAUCCGAGAAGAACAAGCGAAAAGGAAAGAAAAGAGGUCAAAAUUACGGGAAAAAUAGUGCUUAUGAUGAGUAUGGAAUUAUUCGCUACAAUGGAUUAGACAUUUGCGACUGCAUGAGCGAAGAGUGUGAUGGAUGCUGGUACGAAUGUCCAAGCUGUGGUUCUACCAGGUGCGGUCCUACCUGUAGAGCUAAUCGAAAGUUUUUCUACGAAGGAAUUAACUACGAUGGAAAAGACUUAACCUUAACCAAUAAAUUCCUUCCAAAAUAAACUGAAAAUUAGUUAAAAAAUUAAAACGUCUAUGUAUGCCUAUGACGCGAACCUAGAUCAGGAAUUAGUUUUAAGUACCAAUAAAUGUAUUAAUAUUUUAAAAAUACAAUUUUCGUAUGAAAGCCCAAAGAAAACCUA